AAGAAACGCCUAGUCUUUACGCAACAAUUCUAUCUGUACAUCAAUCUAUCGUUGAAACGUACACCGAAAAUAAAAUACGUAAUCAAGCUCAUUGUGUUCCUUUUCGUUUUGUUAAAAGUAUUUGUUGUACAUUUUAGUGUGUUUACAUUAUAUAAACAAUCGAAAGGAAAACAGAAAGUUAUGAUCCGGAAAAGCACAAUUAAUCGUACAAUAGAAAUUAUGUUCACUUUAUUCGGAAUAUGGCCACAUACUUCGUGCGUUCCAUUUUGUAGAAUAUUCUGGAUUAUUAGUAUAAUAGCGGUGCAAUUUUACCAUUAUCGGUACCUUCUAACACAUUUUCAUUCCGAUGAUCUUUUUAAUUUAAUGGACUGUUUAAGUAGCUUCCUAGCGUAUAUGAAAGUGAUGAUCAAGUUUAUUACGUUUUGGUUGAAUCAAGGAAAAUUCAUCAAAACUUUGGAAAUGGUUUCUCAGGAUUGGGAUAGUUGCGCCGAUAAUGAGAACAACAUGUAUGAAACAAUAGAUAAGGCGAAAUUAUCAAGUCGCAUUACCAACUCAAUGAUUAUUCUUCACACGGUCAGCGCCGUUGCAUACAGCACACGCAUCAUCCUGGCUAAUGUCGACGUCACCGACCAAUCAUUCGAGCCACCCUACAUUCAUAAAAUGCAACUUCCCUUCGACGUGAAUACACAAAGAACAUAUCAAGCGGUUUUAAUCACGCAAUGUGUGUACGUCGUCAUGUGCAGUUGGGCAGCUGGUGCUGUAAAUGCUUUGCUUUUAACAUUGGUUUUACAUAUAGGUGGUCAAAUGGAUAUCCUAUGUUAUUGGUUGACGAAUUUUGCGUCUAAGAGUGGAAAAAAGCACGAAUCAAUCACAAAAGACAAAAUCAUUCAGAAACAUCAGAAAAUCAUAAAUCUUUCAGAAAACGUUGAGCAUUUGUAUACGUAUAUUGCAUUGCUACAAUUUGCGUCAAAUACAAUAAUGAUAUGUUCAUUAGGAUUUCUUAUCGUAAGCGCAAUCGGCACACCUAAUGCAACAGAGCAGAUAAUGAGAUCUCUUCUAUUUUAUACCAUAACGAAUCUCGAAGCAUUUGUAUUUUGCUUUGCUGGAGAAUACUUAAAAAAUAAGAGUAAAGCAAUCGGUAUCGCAGCAUACAAUUCUGCAUGGUACAAUUUGAAACCUGAGGAUACUCAUAUUUUAUCGUUUAUAAUAUUAAGAUCGCAAAAACAACUGACGCUUACUGUUGGAAAAAUGGCAAAUCUCUCCUUAGAAUAUUUUGCAAGUAUCAUGAAUGCUUCAGGAUCGUAUUUAUCAGUAAUGUUGGCGAUGCAGUGAGCGUCCGUUGAUUAAUAUUCUCAAUCAAUACAUGUGAAACACACAUCAAAUAAUGUGCAAAUCAUUUAGAAAAAAACACAGAACACACGUUAUUUUUUUCAAGUACACACACGUAGAAUAAUUUAAAGAGCAUGAUGCAGAAUAUAAAUAUUUCAAACUCUGAAACUCUGAGAUAUAAUGUACACAUAGUUAAAGUUAGGCAAAGCAAAUUCGAAGAAACUUAAUAUUUUCCAAAUAAAUAUCUCUCUAGUAUUGACAGUAUCAAAUCGUUUUGAACGACAUUACGAGACAUAGAUAUAUACCACAAUUUUAUUUUAUAAUAAAUUACUUACUUUUACAUUACUUAACUGUCAUCCACAGGUGAUUUGAUUAAUCUUUCGCCGAAUAUUGUUACAGCAUCGACGCACAGAUGUGUACACGUCCCCAUAACAUCACGCAAUAUUUUCUAUUUCUCCGUUGAAUGUUUCUCUACUCCCCCCUCCAGAUUUUAAAAUUACCCCGAGAGUCUUCAAGCCCAUUCGUCAUCGGAUAUACAUUGUCCCGCCUAUGUCCGCAUGUAUCAUUGCAUAUUUAAGAUUAAACAAUUGCGAUUAUGAACUGGCAGACCAGAAAGACCAGAAAGAGGGAGAAAUA